GACACCGCCUGGAACGCACCGUUAUAUCCCCACAGCGGCGGACGGAGCUCCUCAAAACCGCUGGUUCUUCUUACAGAGCAGUUCCGAAAAAAAGCCCCACAGAGCUGAAACAUGUUUCUACGCUACCUGCUCGUCGUUGUUCUCUCUGGGGUUGUCACCGAAGCUAUAGAAACAACAAUGCAGCCACCUCUUACCACAACUAUUUCCAGUGCUACAGCCACAAGAGCUGUGACAGCUGUGACAUCCUCAACCCCUUCCCUGGGCGCAAUCACUGCAGAGACAGUCAACAGUACUGAGAAGAUCACCACCCUCCUGACCAACCCUCCGACAGCUCCAAUCACUGGGGAUACCACAUGGACAGCAGGCCUGGAGACAAAAAGCUUACCUUCUAGCCAGACUCCAAAGGAAACUGCUGCUACUACUGCAACUCCUCCGCCCCACAACACACCAUUCUCUCCAACAAGCAAUGCUAUGACUCCAAUUGCUCCGAUAACACCUACAACCAAUGACCAAACUACACAAGUUAUAAACACAAGCAGCAACACAGCUACAGAUGUGCACAUGACAUCAACAAGCGACAAGACGACCACGCAAGUUCCGACUACAGCAAUUAGCGGCAACACAGCUACAGAUGUGCACAUGACAUCAACAAGCGACAAGAUGACCACGCAAGUCCCGACUACGGCGAUUAGCGGCAACACAGCUACAGAUGUGCACAUGACAUCAACAAACAACAAGACGACCACGCAAGUUCCGACUACGGCGAUUAGCAGCAACACAGCUACAGAUGUGCACAUGACAUCAACAAACGACAAGACGACCACGCAAGUUCCGACUACGGCGAUUAGCGGCAACACAGCUACAGAUGUGCACAUGACAUCAACAAACAACAAGACGACCACGCAAGUUCCGACUACGGCAAUUAGCGGCAACACAGCUACAGAUGUGCACAUGACAUCAACAAACGACAAGACGACCACGCAAGUUCCGACUACGGCAAUUAGCGGCAACACAGCUACAGAUGUGCACAUGACAUCAACAAACGACAAGACGACCACGCAAGUUCCGACUACGGCGAUUAGCGGCAACACAGCUACAGAUGUGCACAUGACAUCAACAAACAACAAGACGACCACGCAAGUUCCGACUACGGCGAUUAGCGGCAACACAGCUACAAAUGUGCACAUGACAUCAACAAACAACAAGACGACCACGCAAGUUCCGACUACGGCGAUUAGUGGCAACACAGCUACAGAUGUGCACAUGACAUCAACAAGCGACAAGACGACCACACAAGUUCCGACUACGGCAAUUAGCGGCAACACAGCUACAGAUGUGCACAUGACAUCAACAAACAACAAGACGACCACGCAAGUUCCGACUACGGCGAUUAGCGGCAACACAGCUACAGAUGUGCACAUGACAUCAACAAACAACAAGACGACCACGCAAGUUCCGACUACGGCGAUUAGCGGCAACACAGCUACAGAUGUGCACAUGACAUCAACAAACAACAAGACGACCACGCAAGUUCCGACUACGGCGAUUAGCGGCAACACAGCUACAGAUGUGCACAUGUCAUCAACAAGCGACAAGACGACCACGCAAGUUCCGACUACGGCGAUUAGCGGCAACACAGCUACAAAUGUGCACAUGACAUCAACAAACAACAAGACGACCACGCAAGUUCUGACUACGGCGAUUAGUGGCAACACAGCUACAGAUGUGCACAUGACAUCAACAAGCGACAAGACGACCACACAAGUUCCGACUACGGCAAUUAGCGGCAACACAGCUACAGAUGUGCACAUGACAUCAACAAACAACAAGACGACCACGCAAGUUCCGACUACGGCGAUUAGCGGCAACACAGCUACAGAUGUGCACAUGACAUCAACAAACAACAAGACGACCACGCAAGUUCCGACUACGGCGAUUAGCGGCAACACAGCUACAGAUGUGCACAUGACAUCAACAAGCGACAAGACGACCACGCAAGUUCCGACUACGGCGAUUAGCGGCAACACAGCUACAGAUGUGCACAUGACAUCAACAAACAACAAGACGACCACGCAAGUUCCGACUACGGCGAUUAGUGGCAACACAGCUACAGAUGUGCACAUGACAUCAACAAGCGACAAGACGACCACACAAGUUCCGACUACGGCGAUAAGCGGCAACACAGCUACACAAGUUUCAAUUACAGCCACGGGUGACCACACAACUACAAAUGAUCCGACCACACUGACAAGCAACGACACAACUACAAUGGUUCCGAUCACACCGACAAACAAUGGCAUGACAACAAAUGUGCCAAUUUCACCAACAGACAACCACACAACUAUGGGUAUGACGAGUACACAAGGCAAUGAUACAGCAAAGCCAACUGAAAACAACUACACCACUUUAAAAGUGUCAACGACACCCAUAACCAAUGAAGAAACUACAAGCGCACAUGUCACAAUCACAAACAAUGACACAAUGACAACUAUAAGUUCAGCUACCUCAAAACAAAACAUUACCACACUAACGACCUCUGCUGACACCUCUGAGACUCCUGACUCAACCACCACCACUGAAAGAACAACACUCACAGUGGGACCCUCAUCCUCUUCACCCACCUCCAGCCCUCCCCCUUCUAGCACCUUCCCAGACAGUAGCAAUACUCCGACUGAAGCUGAAACCACUACUACUACUCUUCUAACAACAAACUCACCACUGAACACCCCUCUGAGCACCAAAACCCCAACCACCACCGGUGGUACCACAGAGAUUGUCACCACUCUUCUAACAACAGGCAGAACCACCACCACCAGCAGCUCCACCACUGAGGCUCCGCCUCCUGUCAUUGUGUGUCCUUCAGUCCCAUGUCCUGUUCAAAGCGUCUGCCUCAAUGGAACUUGCCAGUGUCUCUCUGGCAACUACUUACAAGAUGGACAUUGUGUUCCUGCACAAGUAUUCCCAUGCAUGCUUCAUUUCAAGUUGAUCACAUUUCAUGAUCAAAUGAGUGACAGGUCCUCCAGGAUCUUUCAGAGUACAGCAGCAAAUAUCUCAGCAGCGCUCAGAAAUGUCCUCAAAAAUGUGUCUGGUUAUCGACAAUCAGAGGUUGCUCAACUCAAACAGGGAAGUGUGAUAGCAAGCGUAAAUAACAUCUUUGAAAACAGCAAUGCCACUCAAGAAUCUGUUGAUAACGUCAUUGAAGGUGCUGUAAGAAACUUCACAGGAGAUUUUGCUGGUGCCAUAUACACAGCAACUAAUCUGUGUGAGGUGGAGCCGUUACCUUGUGAUGUCUCUAGCACAACAUGCACACAGGUCAAAGGCCAAGCUUUUUGCUCCUGUAAAGAGGGCUACAUCUCCAUGGUCUACUCCAACAUCAGCUGCAAAGCUUGUCCAAGUGGGCAGCAGGCAGUGGGGAAUACAUGCCGGACAUGUCCAUUUGGGUAUGGUGGUUUCAACUGCAAUGACUCGUCUCUGCUGGCAGUGGUGGUCAUCUCCUGUGUUUUAGGAGGAGUUCUUCUUAUCCUUGUUCUGACUUUGCUGGUUUACUGCUGCUGGAGGAGAUGCUCAAGGACCAAGCCUAACAGCGACACCAGUCCAUACUCUGAGGACUUGAACAAAUCAUGGCCUAUUACCAUCAACCCCAUCCCGCGUGCUAACACUAACUGGACUUCAACAGAUUCCAUAGAGAUGACACAAGGGGGCAGCACCAACACACUGGUGGACAAAAAGCAACAAAGCAAUGGCUUUGGGUCUAAGCUGAAGCCAAAAGGAUGGAUAAAGUCAGGAUCGUAUGAUCUGAACCCAGAAGAGAUGAAGACUUUCAAAGGUAGAAACACGUCCCGUUACUCGUAUCUGGUCGAAGGGCACGAGAACCCCUACUUCCUUCCUGGUGAUGAGAAGAAAAACUGAGAUGACAAAACUCCACUAAGAAAUUAUGAUCAAACUCUCUGGGACAACUGGCAAACUUUCUGAGCAGGAAUAUGUUAUUUAUAAACGCACUUCCCAUCCUAAACCUGCUUGGAUUGAUGAGGAAUCAUCUAUAUGCUGAAAAAAACUGCAACCAAAGGGAUUCAAGUUGAGAUGUUUUUAUCAUGCUAUUUUUUAUGUAAAUGUGUGAUGUCUGCCUUUAAGAAGCACAGCCAGUAGGUGUCGAUGUUGCUCAUUAAUUAUAAACGCAGUUCUUUUUUUUCCUUGAAAGAAAACCGCCCUGUAGUUUUUUAAUAAUCAUGCUUCCUUUGCUGAUUGCACAAAAGUAUGUGUGAAGUUUACCUCUAUUUUGAUCUUUUCAAUCAAGGGUGAAUUGAAUGAUGGUUUGAUUAAGUUACUGUAACUAAUCUUCAGUAUCAUAGCUGCUCAGAGAAACACAUCUUGUACAACUAAAGGGGCUGGAUCCCUGGUUUGGAUUUAAAAAUAUUGUAGCAGUCUAAUGCUGAGUAUUGCAGAAUGUGCCUGGUUUAGUCGUCUGUUUUACAAAUAGGAAACAUUAUGCAACGCCGGUGAUAAAGCCUGUCUCCUGGAUGUGCCAAUUAUCACUUGUAUACUUUUUUUGAGGGAGAAUCUAUAUUAAUAUAUUUAUGUUUUUGUGUAUGGGGCAAUGGUUUGUAAGUGACAAUUGUUUUGUAAAUAUGUUAAAAGAAAUUUGGCUGAGUGAGUCUGUGUGUGUGUGUGUGUGUGCGUUUGUGUGUGUGUGUUUGUGUGGGUUGAUUGGUGAAAUAAAAUAUUUGAAACACAACAAAUUUGUCAUGUUUGCUGCAACAAACCCCACAACAUAAGGAGUUUUUUUCCAGUUUAUUUCCGGUUUUUAUUCCUUUGUUUUGUUGCUAUUGGAAUUCCAAAGGCUGCAGGUGUCUUUAAAAUAUUAAAAUGCCCUAACUUUUCAAAUAAAUCAUUAAUUUGUUCCAUUCA